AACGAGCUGCUGCUCUUCGUCCCCGUCCUAUCACUCUCUCUGUGGUUACUGUGAGGGCUCGGCUGCACUCGCUGGAUAGAGAAGCCGUGUUGAGCAGCAAGUGACGGAUGAAGAAUCGAGGGCAUUUGGAGACGAAGCUUGUGGGAGAAGAACCAGCUUAUCAGAGUAGUACGUACUCUAGUACCGUGGCAGAACAUGGUGUAAAGUUAAUCAAGACUGCAAGCCAAGAAAUAGGGGAGGCAACUGUGCAUCCGAAAGAAUUGGUUCAUGAUUGGCCUACCAAGGAGCUCUCCAUUAAAUCCGAAAUUCAAGGAAACAAUUAUUUCGCUCCAGGGAGGGAACAUAGCUGUUCCAUCUGCUUACUUGGGGGGAGUUGUCCAACAGUUCGUUCCAAAACUAAGUUGAUGGGAACACUCAUAGAAAAAAAACAUCCACAAGAAGCCGAAUCUGUCUUUCAUGGCUUAGUAGAAGAGCAUAAGCCUUCUUUAGUAACAUAUACAACUCUACUAACUGCUUUGACUGAUCAGAAGAAGUUUGAUUUCAUUACAUCAUUAAUUUCUGAUGUGGAAAAGAACAAUCUGAAGCCUGAUUCUAUAUUUUUUAAUGCUGUAAUUAACGCCUUUUCUGAAGCUGGAAAGGUUGAUGAAGCCUUAAAAACCUUUCAGCAGAUGAAAAUAAGUGGUUGUAAAUUGACUACAAGUACCUUCAACACCCUCAUUAAAGGUUACGGUAUCGCCCAUAGGCCUGAAGAAUCACAAAAACUUUUAAAUAUGAUGUUAUCUGAACCAGAAGCGAGCCCAAAUCGGAAAACAUACAAUAUACUAGUCAAAGUUUGGUGUGACCAUGGGAACCUGAGCGAAGCUUGGAAUGUUGUGCGCAAGAUGUCUGCUUCUAGCAUAGAACCCGAUGUUGUCACCUACAACACCUUAGCAAGAGCUUAUGCCAAAAAUGGAGAAACAAACAGAGCCGGGGAGAUUUUCAUGGAAUUGGCGAACAAUAUUUGUCCCAAUGAACGCUCACUCGCUAUUAUUGUUGGCGGCUACUGCAAGGAAGGGAAUAUGAAAGAUGCGCUGCGGUGUCUGCACGAAAUGAAGUGUAUUGGAGUUCACCCAAAUGUUAUUGUCUUCAACACUUUGAUUAAAUGUCUCAUGGAUGCAGAAAAUAUGGCAGGUCUUCAUGAAGUCCUAACGAUGAUGGAAGAAGUCAGAGUUAAACCUGAUAUCGUCACAUACAGUCAUCAGAUGAAUGCCUGGGGCUCAAUGGGUAAUAUGACUAAAUGCAUGGAUAUAUUUCAUAAAAUGUUGCAGGCAGGAAUAGCACCUGAUGCUCAGGUUUAUAGCAUUCUUGCCAAAGGGUAUGUUAGAGCAAGAGAACCUCAUAAAGCAGAAGCCCUUCUUGCUGAAAUGGAAGAAUUUGAUAUUCAGCCUAAUGUGGUAACCUUCACCACCAUCAUCAGUGGUUGGUGCAGUGCUGCUAAAAUGGAUAAUGCGAUGCGAAUCUUAGCCAAAAUGCACGAACACGGAGUCUCUCCCAAUAUAAAAACGUUUGAAACACUUAUAUGGGGUUAUGGAGAGGCAAAGCAGCCAUGGAAGGCAGAAGAGAUUCUCCAGAUGAUGAGAGAUGCCGGGGUGGUUGCAGGAAUUAACAGUAUUGUUCUUGUUGCUGAAGCCUGGAAAGCUGUUGGAUUGCAGAAUGAGGCGAGCAGGAUAUUGAAAUCCUUCGAUGAUCGAGAAUCGAGAUUUUUAAAUGAUUAUCCGUCGAAGAACUCAGAAAUGGUUCAUCAGAAACAAAAUUUGGUCA